CGACAGGCGAUGAACCAAGCCAGCCUCGCGUUCCGCUACACCGAGGCAACCGCUGCGCCAGGAAGCGCCGACGACCUCGUGCUGCGCUGGGCGUCCGACGACCUCGUGCUGCGCUGGGCGUCCGACGACUGCUACAAGUGCACGCCGCUGCCGCUGCGUCCCGCCGGGUGCGCACCGACCAACGCGUCUUGCGUCGCCCUGUCGCCCAACACCAACUACACGUUUCACGUCGACGCCAAGUUUUCCAUGAUCUUGGAGCUCUAUGGCGACAACCGCUCGGUACGUGCAGGCUGCAAUCAUGGCUUCUCGCUCAUGCGUUGCGCGGGUCUGGCGCAGUUGCAAGUCGACUCUGGCGACGUCCACGUGUCCAUCGAGCUCGUGCGUGCAGGGGCGACGUCGCUCUUGCUCCCGAUUCUCGUGGGUCUUCUCGGCCUCUGGAUCGUUAGCGGUCCUGUCCGGUUCUUUUGGGCCAAACACCUCGCCUCUCUGCGUGAUGAAGACGACGACGAGAACGACGACAAGCAGCCGCUCCUCGAGCCGGCACGACCCGCCAAUAGGCCGCCCCGCGUCGUCUGCCUCGACGUCUUCCGCGGGAUUACGAUCUUCACCAUGAUCUUUGUCAACUAUGGUGGUGGCGACUACUGGUACUUCAACCACAGCACGUGGAAUGGCCUCACCGUCGCCGACCUCUGCUUUCCCUGGUUUGCAUGGAUUAUGGGUGCGACCAUGGCGAUCGGCCUCGUCAAGAAGCUGGGCAACCCCGCGGCCUUUGCUCGCACCGUGACGCUGCGCAGUGCCAAGCUCUUUGCGCUCGGUCUCUUCCUCAACAACGGCUUUGACCUCGCCCAUUGGCGCAUUCCCGGGGUGCUGCAGUCGUUUGGGGUAGCGUACUGGAUCGUGGCCAUGGUGCUGCUGCUCGCGUCGUCGCUCUCGACCGAUCCCCGACGCCAGAUGCUCCUGCAGUGGCUGGUCAUGCUCCUCAUCGUGGCAGUCCAGAGCGUCCUCGUCUUCCUGUUGCCGGUCCGAGGGUGUCCGACGGGGUACCUCGGCGCCGGUGGCAUUGGCGACGACGGGCGCUACCCCAACUGCACUGGCGGGGCCCACAAGGCCGUGGACGUCUUCCUCUUUGGCGACAACCACAUCUUUCAGAGCCCGACGACCAAGGACGUGUACCACACCGGCGCGUUUGACCCCGAAGGCGCGCUCAACUGGCUCAUGGUGGCCUUCACGACCUUCCUCGGGUUCCAAGUCGCGACGGCCUUUCUCGCUGACGCGUCGCUCGUCUACUCGCAACGCGCGCUGCGUCUCGUGCUCCUGAGCCUUUGUCUCGGCCUCGGAGCGCUCGUGCUCUCCCAAGGCCAACUCAACGACGGCUGGGUGCCACUCAACAAGAACCUCUGGAGCCUCUCCUUCGUGCUCGGGACGUCGAGCCUCGCAAGUCUCCUUCUGCUCUACCUCUUUCUUGCUGUCGACACGUUCAAGCUAUGGACGGGCGCCCCGUUCCUCCAAGCAGGCAUGAACCCCAUCGUUCUCUACCUCGGUCACGAGUUGCUCCAAGAUCACUUUCCCUUUGGCUUCAAGCACGAUGUCGAGCCAACGCACACGCUCUCGAUGCUCUCGGCGCUCCUCGGUGCUCUCAGCUGGAUCGGCGUUGCGCUGCUCCUCCAUCGCCGCCAGGUCUUUCUCACCGUCUAGUUAGUACCGGUAGUACUUGUUGAAUUACGACACGAUGUAACACUGCGCCGAGAGCUGGCGGCACGCGACCUUGUGGCC